ACGCUGCGCUUAUGACCAGAGGCAUGGGUGUUGUGUGUAGAAUAAGAACGCAGAUUGUGGGGGAUUAAACGCUGUUGAAUCGUAUGACGUAGGCGUCCGGGAUAGGCGGGACAUGGCAGUAGAGAAGCAUAUUGGUCCUAUUGCAAUAUCUAUCAUACUUUCCCCUCUCUCUGCUCUUUCUCAACCUGCAGUCAGCGGUCUGAUAAAAACCAGGCAGAAGACGGGGUUGCGGUGCCGGCUGAGUGGAAGUAAAAGCACCUGAUCAGGAGACUUCGACUAUCUGUGCGCGCGCGCCAUGUUUUUUAACCACCCAACUUUAACGAAACAGCUCCCAAUCCACAAAAGCAGCAGCAAACAUCACGCAACACCCGGACUCGCUGGCCGUACAUAGCCAACCUCCUAGCCAUGGCUGCGUAUAUCUCCUCCUUUCCCCCCACACGCAUGCUCCCCGUCAGUCUACCCCUCCCAGGUUGUGAGCUACCAUGCUUCUCGAUGGCGCCGUUGUCCUCGUCGUAGGCCCUACCACCGGCCUCGACUUUAUCCUCCUGCAGCUCAUAUCGACCCAUUGUCGUGUGUACAUCACCGGUCCGGCGGAGAGGUCGGUCUCCUUUGUGCGCGCUGCGUCUCGCAUACGGGACGCGCAGCUGCGCUACCUCUCGCCCGAGGACUCGUCGGCGUCCGACAGCGAGAGUGAAGAUGAAGACGGCUCCCGUCUGUAUGAGACUCUGUCUGAAUUCCUUCGGCUCGAAAGUCGGCUCGAUCUCGUCAUCUUUAGCACUGUUGACAACGUGGAUAAGUCUAUCAAGCAGGUUCUGCCCGUCCUCAUGUCAACCGCCGACCACCAUGGAAGCUCAAAUAUAAUCCUUCUCAAGACCGUCCAUCGCAGACCUCGGACGCGCAUGGACUCUCUCAAGAAAGUGCGAAAUCAUUCGCCAACCAUGAGCAAAGGCCACCGUCUCCCGAUGAGAGGAGAUGAUCGUGCAGUCGACGUCGACAGCGACGACGACGACAACGACAACAACGACGACGCACACGCUGAAGACGUCAAGGCUUCUCUUCUUGACAUUUUUUCUCGCAAUCACGCAGAAAACAUCUUUGUCAAUGCGGCGAGUUUGGACCAGCUACUACCUGCUAUCAUGCAAUAUGAUCAGUACCGGGAGUCCCAUCAGGUCGCACAUCCACAAAGGCAGUCUGUCGUCUCUCAGACUACACAAUUGGACUCUGCUAUGGUCUGAUUGUUUUUGCGUCUUACUUUGUCUUUAUCAUCUGUGCUUUUCUCGUCUUUCAUCUCUUGGUCAAAAUCAUGCGGGCUUUAAUAAUUUGGCGUAUUGUAGCUUUUCUUGUCCUUUUCAGUGCUUUUUUUGUGUCGUCUCGCGUUGCUAUAUUUUUCCCCGGUGUUACGGUCGGGCUAUUGAAUUUCACGACACUUACGAUCAUAGCUUCUUUGUAUAAUAAUAAACAAAUAUUUCAACUUUU